UCAAAGUUUUGUUCAGUAGAAUUUCAUUGUAUAUUGAAUGUAACAUCAAUUAAUAAAAUCAAAGCUUUAAAGUUUCUAAUAUGAAUUCGCGUAAUCCACAAACUCUUAUGGCACUGCCAAAUGAGGAAAAUUUUGAUUUUCUUUUUAAAGUGGUAUUGAUUGGAGACUGUGGAACUGGGAAAACUUGUAUUGUAGAGCGUUUUAAAACUGGAAAUUUCAUUGAAAGACAUGGGAAUACUAUAGGCGUCGACUUUUCUAUGAAAACAGUUAAUAUCGAAGGGAAGCAAGUAAAACUUCAAAUAUGGGAUACAGCUGGACAAGAACGGUUUCGUACAAUCACGCAAAGUUACUAUCGUUCUGCAAAUGGUGUUAUAAUUGUUUAUGACAUAACAAAGAGGUCUUCUUUUUCAAAUCUUCAAAAGUGGAUUGAAGAAGUUCGGCGUUACACAGCGUCCAACGUGCUACUUAUUUUAAUUGGAAACAAGUGUGAUCUAGACGAAGAGCGGGAAGUGGAUUUUGAAGAAGCAAAGCAAAUGUGCCAAUAUAUACCCGAAAUCCUUUUUGUAAUGGAAACAUCGGCGAAACAAAAUACAAAUGUUGAAGACGCAUUUGUUUGUUUAGCAACGGAAUUAAAGCGGCGUCAUGACAUCAACACUGUAGAAGAAGACAAAGAAGAUGCCAUACGACUGGGGCAAAGCAAACCGCUUAAUAACUGCAGUAGUUCUUGCAAUUUAUCAUAAGGAUCUCGAAACGUAAUCUUAAUUUUGGAGUUUUUUUUUUAUUUAAGUUUAUUAAUAUAAUUCAUUUAAAUUUAACUUAGUUAAUUAAACGCUC